UGGAAUUGUCAUUCCGGAUUUUUGUAUUUUGUUCAUUGGUCGGUUUAGGUUUUUCAUUUUAGAAUUCAGACAUUUCCCCGCAAACACGCUGCUUGUAUUUUUUGAUUGUUUCCAUUUAUGAAGAGCCAAAGAUAUUUCACCCUCUCAGGAGGAGGCACAAUAAAGUUUUCGCAAGACUAAGCAGACUUGUUGUAGCACAGUGAAAUAUCUCGCUCCAUAGUGAAAGAUCUCAUUCCACUCAUGUCGUCCAAGAUGAGCCUGAAAUCGGAACCACGCACAGCAAGGGAGAUGACCCGGAUACGUCCAUUGUCUAAACUGGGACAUGAACAAUAUGAAUCUGCAGUUGACAGACACUUGCAGAAGAUUCGGGACAUAAAGCGGGAAAUCGACGGUUGUAUAGAUGACAUCAAGUUAGUGAAACCCUCCAGCAAAGGUUGUAUCGAUGCCUUUCGUCAACUCUUGAGUUCAUCCUAUAGUGCGUACGUAAAACGUUCUUCAGACUUUUUGGCCUAUCUACAAGGCAUUCGUACUGCUGAAAGCUUAAAUGAAGCUGCAGCGCACCGCUGCAUAAUGGACGCUAUGAGUUUAAAGAUAGAAGCUGCAAAAACCAAUUUAGACGAACUCUGUAACGCAAGUGACUCGAAGACUUAUCGACAGAAAGACGAACAGUACUCAUCAAAGUCACGAACAGCAGAAUCUACAUCCUCCAGGCAGAUUCAUAGGAAACAUAGCCCCAGCAGAUCAAGAUCAGAGAAAUCUAGUGAAAUUUCAUCAGAACUUACUAAGUAUAGCUUAAGCGGAAGUUCGAGUACAUAUCUCCAAAGAGUGGAGGCAAAGCUGAAUGCUUCCCGGGCAAAAUUGAAAUAUGUCGCAAAGGAGGUUAUUAUUCUGAAGGAAAGGGCAGCAUUAGACGCGCAGCUUAAGUUAGUCAAAGCUGAAUGUGAGAUUGAGAUGAGGGAAAAAGAAAUCGAAGCCAUGAGAGAGACAUUCAAGCUAGACACAGAAGAUCCCGAGAUGUCUUCAACGAGAAGAUCGCGCACGGUGGAAUAUGUGCAGAGUCUCCCUAUCCCUCAGCUCACGAAUGAGCCACAGAAUGACACCCCUCCAGAAGUGGUCCAGAAAGUUUUUGCUCAAGAGACAGUAAAAGUAAACAACUCCAGUAAUGAUCAUGGCAAAGGAACUCACCUUGACCCAGAUGCCCCUUCUUUCACCCCCAGUAGACUUCCCCCUCACAGAGCUCAGAUGAUCACAUCAUCCCCUGUGCAUGCUCAUGAUUCUGACAAUAGACACAAUACAUGUGUAGUUGAAGAUCAUGUUUGUGACUCACCGGUGACAAACGCAUCUAACCAGAUGACGGAAUUUACCAAAUUUUUAGUGAAAAAGGAUUUACUUUUGUCAAGACUUACAAGGUAUGAUGACAACCCAAUGCUGUAUGUUUCUUGGAAAUUAAACUUCAAAGGGAUCAUGAAGGAGUUGGAUGCGACAGCAACUGAAGAACUUGACCUCUUAGUUAGAUGGUUGGGACCCGCAUCAUCCAGACAAGCCAACACCAUUCGUGCGUGCAAUGCUGACAAUUCAGCUCUAGCAGUCCAGAAAAUAUGGGAGAGGCUCGAGGAGAGGUUUGGUUCACCCGAGAUGUUGGAAAGAAGUCUGAAGGAGCGUAUUACAUCUUUUCCUAGAAUUGCCGCCAAUGACAACAGACGUCUAUUCGACUUAGCUGACCUAGUCAGUGAGAUAGCAUCUGUGAAGGAGCAACCACAAUACCGUGUUCUCUUUGGUUAUUUCGAUUCCUCCACCGGGAUUAACCCGAUCGUAUCAAAGCUACCAUGGAACCUACAGGAGAAGUGGGUAACAGAAGCUAGUAGAUUCAAGAGACAACAGGGAAGCACCUUCCCACCCUUUUCAGUUUUUGUCAAGUUUGUACAAGACAUGGCCAAGACUCGGAAUGACCCAAGUUUCCAGUUCGACCGCACAGAAAGAACAAGUCCAAGUUCAAGUGUACCAAAGAAAACAUCAACUGUGGUGGUUAAGAAGACAGACACUAUGAGUAACGCUACUAAUCAAGACAAUUCACAACUGUGUCCUUUACACCAGACAAAGCAUUUACUCAAUGAAUGUUCUGCCUUCCGCCGAAAGCCACUUGAAGAGCGCAAGAAGUUUAUACUUACCAAUGGUAUAUGUUUCAAGUGCUGCGGACCUAAGAAACACAGAGCCAUGAACUGUAAGACAAAUGUGAAAUGUGACAUCUGUAAAAAACCUUCUCAUCCGAGUGCGCUUCAUGUGGAUGUGGAUCGCCACGUAGGGGAGCCCUCACAAGAAGGAACAGUGAAGAAUGCCUGCACUCAAGUUUGUGGAAAACCAAGGGGCACCAGCAGAUCCUGCGCUAAGAUUAUACCAGUCAGGGUAUAUCUCAAGGAUGAUCCACAGGAGUGUCGCGUUGUGUAUGCUCUCAUAGAUGACCAGAGCAGUCAUUCGUUAGCAACAACACCAUUCUUUGACUUCUUUUCACCUGGAAGUUCAAAACACCAGUACGUAUUGUCUUCAUGCGCUGGAAGACUUACUACUUCAGGAAGGCGGGGUCAUGGUUACGUGAUCGAGUCAUUGGAUUUGACAUGCAAGUUGGAGUUACCAAGUGUCAUUGAGUGCAAUGACAUACCAAAUAACAGAGACGAAAUACCGUUUCCUGCUGUUGCACGGCAGUACCCUCACCUUCAAGAAAUUGCUGCAUUCAUACCUACCGUGAUGGAUGACGUUGAGAUCGAACUUCUUAUAGGACGAGAUGUUGUCUCGACACACCAUGUUCUGGAUCAGAAACUUGGUGAGAAUAACCUUCCAAUAGCUCAAAGGCUCUCACUUGGUUGGGUCAUAAUUGGACAAGUUUGUAUGGGAAAUCUGCACCAUGCAAGUGUUACACUUAAAAUGAUGUUAAAUGUCUUAAUAUACAAAUCCAUUGGAACUUCAGCGGGAGAAUUCUACAUUGGAAUAAUACUUACCAAAGGUAUAUUAGGAAUCUAUUGA